AUGGAGGAUAACUCUUCUCAGUGUCUUCUGAAUUGGUGCAUUGAACAAACCAAAACGUACCCAUAUAUUAAUAUCACUGAUUUCACAUCAUCAUGGAAAGAUGGUCUGGCGUUUUGUGCCUUAAUUCACAAACAUUUCCCUGAUCUAAUAGAUUUUUCGCACUUGAAGUCUGAAGAUGCUGUAACAAACCUUAAGUUGGCGUUUUUCGUUGCAGAAACAAAAUUGAAUAUACCGGUGCCUACAAGACCACAACUGACUGUUUUCAGUAGGAACUACCAUCGUAGUUGUUUUCGUGACAACCAGUUAACUUAUCUCAAAGAGCGGAAUAAAACACUAAAGGGUUCCAACUGUUCUGAUGGUUCACCGCUGACUAAAUUCUCAGUAGCGGAUCCCUUCCCAAUAAGAUUCAGUCCGCAAAAAGAAUUGGACACUGUUAGCAAUGGAAAAAGUCAACCAACAUGCAAACCUCCUUCUAGAUCGCCACUUUUUGAUGUUUUAAGUAAUAAUGCGUCUCCUGAACUGAAUAGUGUUUUGAAGAUAAAAGCUAAAAUAUCAGCUGACAUAGAACAGCGUAAAAAUAACUCUAAUUCCAAACACCAUAACAUCGUUUCUUAUCCUGCUGCUUUAAAUCCGUUCGAAGAUGACUCUUUGCGUGAUCCCAGCUCUCAGCAUGAAUGUACCUAUAAGCCUUACAAUCCAUUUGAUGACGAUUUAUCAGCCUUAGACUCGGAAGAGAUUAAUAACAUUUCAGAUUCUGACCACUCAGACAUAUUAAGUUUAUCAAACCCUCCAUCUCUGGUAUUCACGCCUAGUAACCAUAUAAACAAGUAUAUGGAACAGAGUAACCAAAAAUUUUCCAAGGAAAAAUUAGUCGCAGAUGAAUCAGUCAAUCUUCAGACUCCUCACUCUUCUAUAUAUGAUUUAUCGAGUUUACUCGCUUAUGGUAGUCUGAAUAAAGCACAGUCCUUUUCACUAAGCAGUGAUACAAAACAGUCCUCAAAAUCUCCUCUUAAUGGAUCAACUGCAAAGAUAAGUAGGUCAGUUAACACCAAAGGGCCUGCCCCACCUAUUCCUGUUUUAUGCCGACGUGAUGUCAGACGCGAUCAGCAAAGCGACUUCAUUCCAUACACUGAAUUACACAGACAACUAUAUGAUAUAAACAAUGAACUUUCCAAUCUGGAACUAUCUGCUCGCAAAAUUCAAACAAGUAUUAAAGAAAUGUCUGAAAAUAAUGAAAGCGUCAAGAGACUAUUGAAAAAGUGGCUCCAUACCGUUGAAUUAAAGGAUAAUUGCAGUAACAUUUGUUAG